GGCUUGGGUAAGUUGGACCUGGACCAGCAUCGCACCACUUCCAUUGAUCCACCUAUUAUCCAACUGUUGGAAGAAUGGAACCCUGAAAGACUGAGACCUUCUGACUGAAGCGUUCCUAACUCCUGUGUUUUUUUGAAGCCUAACAGGUGGUUUCUGGAAACCUGUUGACCAGGAAACACCCCAGGUAAUACUAUCAGACCCUGAACGACUGAAUCGAGCUAACAUCCAUGGCUCGGGGGCCUCCCUAUUCUACACCUUACACAUCAAUCCAUAUACAUCGCAUACGGGCGUGUGUUCAAAUAGGGAGACCGACACUGGUCGGCGGACACCGACCCCCUCGGUUCGGUUCGGGAAACAGACCAGUCUAGCCAGCGAGGGGCGAGAUGGAGAUCUCCCGGCCCUCAUUGUUUCGGAGAGCAGCACUUUUUUUCCGCAAAGACACGCUAAGUGACUUUGAGCAAGUCCUGGACUCUGUUUGGUGGUCGCCAGCAUCACAGCUUGACCGCAGCUGAUUGGGUACAAGGAGUGCUUGCGCUCCGUUGAUUGCUUUGAACAAGCAUGCCUGUCGCGCGUGCGACCAUCAAAAUCAAUAAAGAUGAUAUGUUUCUGACGGUGCGGGAUGCUUCCUUCAUCAAAGCACAGCAACAUGUGGCCGCAUUGGUGGCGUCAAACCAAUGCAUCUUAAGCCGCAUCUCAAUCUCGUGAUCCACAUGUCAGGAUAGCUAAGCAUAAGUUGAUAUCCCUCCUAGGGCGCCAUCUCAGUAUGGUUGAUCCACUUGUGCAGUUUUAAAGGAUGUGUAUACCCGACACUUCUAUGCUUACUUUGCCUGAGUGCAUGCGCAUACUCCCGGUUAACUGUACCAGGCCACUUGAAGACCGUAAUGCAGCAGACUUUGUUAUUCUUUGCUGCUGCACGAUAUGGAGAAGAUGAAGAGGCCCUGGAGCUUUGUGACACUCUCCUUCGGGCUGGAGUCCCGCUGAAUCACCUCGAUGACAAUCGCCAGACCGCACUGUUCUAUGCGGCUCGCCAAGGGCACGUCAACACGUGCAACUUUCUUGUAUACAGCAAAGCCAACGUAGACACACUUGACAAGUUCGGCGAGACAGCGCUUUUUUAUGCCGUAAAGCGUUCCAGAAUCACAGCUGUGGAGAUGCUGCUCGACCACGGAGCCGACUUCGAGGUCGUCAACCACAAGAAACAGAGCGUGAUGACCACGGCCUCGGACGAGCUGUGCGCCGUAUUCCAGGAGGCCCGGAAAAAGAGGCGACUGGAAGUGACCGAAGGUCCCGAACCACGCAGCAAGCGCCCACGAAGUGCGCUUGAGCAACUGGAAGCAUGGGCCGAUGAGUGGCCCAUGCGUCACCCGAAGAUCGAGACCGCGGACUUCAAGCCCAAGGACUUGCUAAAUUCAGAGGGCGAAUACUCGGUUGUCAAAGUGUCAUCGCCCACUACCGCAGCAAAACUUCGGGUUCUGGAAAAGCACUUCGUUGUGGACCAUGCAAGGCUGAUGAAGGACGAAUCCUGGUUUCCGAAGCUUACGCAUGAGCAAUGGUCCAAAGCUGUGGGCGUGAUUACCGAUGCCUCAGAGCCCCCGAAUGAUGCAGUGGGUGGAAUCAAGACAGUGUUAUCAGAUGCCAAUUCGCAGCAUUUUACUCUGCCCGCGAUCAAAACCGCGAACAAGGAGGUGGCCGGAUAUAUCCAUUGCACCUUUUCCAAGGAAAAGAAGGCCCUUAACAUUUCGCACAUCAAAGUUGAUUCACAGCAUACGGGCAGGGGGAUCGGUGGGCUCCUCAUAAAGGCAGCUGAAGACUAUAGCCAGCGUCUGGGUUGGAAAUGUGAGACCGUAGAGCUAAGUGUGUUGGCCAGGAACCAGCGUGCCAUCCGCUGCUAUGAAAAAGCUGGCUUCAGUUUCAAAUGUGAAUCAGAGGCAAGUUGGGGACCAAAGCAGUUCUCAGCUUGUAAAUGGCAAAGAUUCAAGAAGGUGCACAAGCACCACUUGAAGAAGGGAUCCAAGAAAGGGCCCGAGGAGUUAACCAAGCAGUGAUGCAAUCUUGAACGCAGUUUCACCCGGUUGCCGUCUGGAGCUUGACAGCAUUCCUGGUACAGGUAC